GCCCGGAGACGAGACAUGUCUUGGAAAGACUGAGACAGACAUCCCCGAAGCUCGAGGCCGACUUCUCCCCACUCUACCGCAUCGAAGGGGGAGGAAGAAGAGGCAAAAAUGCUCAGUGUGGGGGCUGACUAACACAAUUAACUCCCCUAGGGAAAAACCCCCCCCACUCACCCACCCGGGAUGACUAGGAGAGGGUAGCUUCUGCUUCUUGAUCUCUCUGUUCGACGGCAACGCAUACCGGUAUGCCGUCUCCAGUCCAGGCCAGCAGAAAUAAUAAGAAAAAAGAAAAAGAGUUCAUUCAACCUCCUUCGGCUCUGGCGUCACGAUAGCAUCCACCAUGAGCAAUACCAUACACACUCCGUCGCCCUCGGAAUCUUCGUCUCCCUAUACGACUGCGGCCGGCGCAAAAGACAACGCCUCUCGCCUUCGCGAGAACCAGCGUCGUAGUAGGGCUCGCAAGAAGGAGUACCUGGCGUCCCUUGAGGCGCGUUUUCAGGCCUGCCAGAGAGCGGGAGUAGAGGCAAACGUUGAGAUACAGAAUGCGGCCAAGAGAGUUGUUCGCGAGAACUUGCUGCUACGAGAGAUGCUGCGAAACAGAGGCGUUGGGGACAGUGAGAUUGAUCGGGUCAUCAGAGAGGGCGGGGAGGAGAGCGUUGAUGGGGAAUCGGCAGUCGAUGGAGUUUUGAAGGUUCUCGGACGAAGGCCAUGUGGUGGGGACCCGCUUCCCGCGGUAAAGCUAGGGGAUGAAAGAUUCAAUGAGAGAAGGAAUUCUACGGGAAUGUUGGCCGCGAGAGAUGCUGGUGACAGGGUAGCACGCGGCAAUGAGACUUCAUGUCCACCGGCGACGGGCUCUGGGACGUGUGCUUCCGCAAAGGUGAGAGGAGAGCGAAGAGCGAAAGGGAAGGGGAAAAAAGGCUUUUUUUCUUCCCCUUCUGAUUCAGAAUAUUUCCUUUCUCACCAACUGGCUCAAUCACAUUCUCACUCCGAAUCACUCUAUUCCCCAUCCCUCUUACCACUCUUGACCUACUUUGGACAAUAUACCAUUCACCCUCAGUUGACCAAUUUUUACGAUCGAGAAAAAGGGAGAAUUAUGGGCUAACUCAAACGCACCUGUGGUAGUGUUCAUCCCAACUUCCUCUAUCCCCGCCGUCACCCGUAUUACAACUCUCAACGCACCGCCCACCCCCGCCUCUGCCCGCAUUCACCCCGCAGCACUACCCGUCACCUAGCGGAACACCCACAUCCGCCGUUCCCACCUAUGCGCUACCAGUCUCCGCGCCGCAAUUAAAUCCUUACUACACAUUCUCUUCGCCGCCCCCUUCUUCCUCACAAUCAUACACCGUUACCUCCCCGACGUACCCUCCCGCCAAUGCCGCAGCCGCUGGUUACCAGCAAUUCUACCCGGCUCCACCACAGAAUGCUUCCCCGCAAUCAUCAUCAAGCUGCUGUUACCCACCACAGCAGCAGCAACUGCUGCAACAACAACAACAACAGCAGCAGCAGCAGCAGUACCAGAAUUCAUGUAGUGCCUCGACGACACCCUGCCAUCUCACGCAGACAUUCAUACACCAAUUACACCCUCAGAACAGCGGCCAUCUGGUCAACGAGAUAUCUCCACCUGACGCCAUGAGCAGCGGGAAUUGCCCUGUUGAAAACAGCGUUCUUUAUAAUUUGCUUGACAAGAUCUAAUAUUCUCAUUCUUUUUUUUUUUUUUGUUGCCACGUUGGAGACAGAAAAUAUGCGUAUUGAUAUAUAAGGGUCUUUUUUGUGCGCUAAUUUCGAGAUUGGUGGAGGCGUAUGGUUAGGUGGAUAUUGGAGGAUAUGGGUAUAUGGGGAGGAGGGGGUGAAUGGGUAGGUAUAGGUAGGUUCUUAUUAUGGAAAACAGGUUUGUAUCAUUAUUAUCCUUUUUUUUUUUUGCGCUGGGUUGCUUUUACGUUGGCUGGGAGUGGUAUAUGGAUUGCCCGGGGGGAUCGGGGGAUUUGGGUAUAUUGGUGCUAUUUAAACUGUAAAAGUUGGUCUGUUCGUACAUAAUUUCUU